AUUGAAUUAUUUACUAGUUAUAUUAUUUCUGUGACGAAAAUAACUGCCCUAUUGAGACGUAGUAAAGGGUCUUGUUUCAAGAUGGCUGCCCACAGAUGCUAGAAAAGGUGUUUUUGUAAAGUCUACGUCAAAAAUCGUCUAGAAAAAAGAUGCAAAUGAAGGCCAUAGAGUACUUUAUAGAUAGGGCAGAGUAUGUUCUUCAGGCAGCCAGACAGAGACCUCCGAAACGGAGACACCCCUCUGGUCCCUCUAAAUGGAAGUCAUUGAACCACAAGUUGAAUGACCUCUUUGUAGAUGAAAGUGAAAAGGAACCAGAAAAUAAGAAGUUAAGAAGCAGCGUUCAUCUCCUAGACAAGCUGGUGACCAAGGAGAAGCUGACGUGCUUGGUGGUGAACUUGUACCCUGGCAACAAGGGCUACUCUCUGAUGCUGAAAGGCAAGAAUGGUAUAGACUCGGAAACAAUCAAGCUGCCAUAUGAAGAGUCGGACUUGCUGGACUAUCUGGACACAGAAGAGCUACCUCCUAUCCUAGUGGACUUGUUAGAAAGAUCCCAGGCAAAUGUCUUCUAUAACGGCUGUGUGAUAGCAGAAGUGCGAGACUUCAGAAGAACAGCGAACAGUAAAACCUAUGAGAGCCACCACGUCCUUCUCAGACCAACUGCACAGACUCUGGUGUGUGACGUAAAUGCAAUCACUAAUGAUGGCGAGCACAGAUGGACACAGGACGACAAGCAUGAGUUAGAGAAGCAGCUGGUCCUGGCCACGGCCGAGCCGCUCUGUCUGGACCCGUCUCCCGUGGUGGCCGUGGUCAGCAACAGGAUCCAGCAUCACAGGCUCAAGUUCUCAACUAAACCUCUCAAGAGAUGUGCCAAAAGAUUCAGCCAGACAUCAGCGAACCGUCGGCGGGAGAUGACGACGGUUCCGGCGCCGCCUCAUCUGUUCCUCCAUGACUUCCUGCAGAAGAGGAAGGAGAAAAGACCACACCCUCCUGUGGAUUUAAAAGUAGGGAAAGCUUGUGUGGACAUGUGGAAACAGCGAUCACUCAGCUUAAGUGCCCCGUCCCACGUUGAGGUGGAGAAUUAUGCGUCUGUCAUGGAGAGACCGAAGUCGACGAGCGACAAUACUCCGAUCACAGUAGAAGAAGUUGUUCUGGAGGCAGAGAGGAGUAACAACAAGAUCCUGCACAGCCGGGUGACCAUCCAGCAACGCCCCACUGACAACUUCUACCAGGGUGAGCUGUAUGUGGACAGGGACCACCAGCCAGGGGACAGCAAGAGGGAAAACGGGACCUCCUGCAAGUUUCCGCUGGGGAGCAAAGUCAACGCACAGAGGUAUAUCCAGCAGUACAAGGACCUGUUCACAGAAGAGGGGCGACGGUCGGUGAAGAUUGCCCACAUCAUCCCUGGCCAGCCACCCCAGAUCACUCACACACAGACCCCCAACCCUAACACCCCCACGCAGAUAGUCUUUCCCGGAGGGGGACAGGGUUUACUGGCUCAAACUGGAUCUACCAUUUCCCCUGGAGGGGCCACACAGUACAACCGCCCCUUACUGAAGGGGAGCAGGUCCUUAGGGAACAAGCCCAAGAGUUUCUCUGGAGGCUCCAGUGGUGGCAGCAAGUCCAAACGGCCUCCACCGAUCAAGCUGUCUCUGUCCCUCAACAACACGGGAAGUCUGUCCUCUAACCUCAUGAGCCCACCUGGGGAACAGGGAGAUGCAGGCACUCCUACAUCUUCAGGACUCGGUGCAUCACACCCCUCCCCCACCAUCUCCAUGGGCGCCCCCAUGAUGACCCCCACCAUGGCCAUGUCACGCUCCCUCGGCCGGCAGAUCCCUGUCUACCCCCUGCCCGGCCACUCCGUUGUCAGCCCUACAGAUGGAGUAGGCACGCCACCUCUGGCCAGUUCAGGAGCAGGGUUUCCCCACGGGACCAUGAAGACGCCCAAGACGCCCCCACCCCUGCGGCCCGGCAGCGCCCCGGGGGCCCCCAGCGGGCAGCACUCCCUCCCCAACAUCCUCAGCAGGAGGCAGUCGGUGCCUGAGAUCACACAGGGCGGGGCACAGGGACAAGGUUCUGUAAGCAUGACUAGUUCCAAGGUCCCCACACCGAGCGGCACCCCAACGGGAACCCCCACAGGGACCCCCAAGCCCGGGGACGCCCCACCCACCCCCUCUUCCGUCCCCACCCCAACCUCGGAGAACCUGCCUAUAAACAUCAUCGGCACCAUGGCCCAGGCAGGGGGGAUAGUGCCGACCAUCACGACCACGACAUCAGGAGGCCUUGUGUCCAUGCGGAUCCCCAUGUGUGUAACCAUGGUGAGCGGCACGCCCACUGCCGUGGUAACCACGCCUUCAGGAGUCAUCACCACGCCCAUCAACCUGAGCGGGGCGGGGCCAGGCAUCAUGACUGGAGCCAUCAACAUUAUUGGUGGGACCCCUAUAGGAGGCAGCAUCACCUCCUCCAUGCAGGGCACAGCCACCAGCAGUCAGCAGGUCACUGCAGCACCCAUCAACAUUACAGCAGCAGGUAUGGCAGCACAGGGUAUCAACCCAGCCCUGGCCCCCCAGUUCCUGGCUACAGGUCUGAAGAAUGCGCCGCAGGGGCUCCGGCCGGGGACUGCUCCUCUCUCACUCUUACAGGUGCAAGGCCAGCAGCCGCAGCUGAUCCCCUUCAACCCGCAGGCGUUGCAGGGCCGCCCCCUGAACCAGGCCACCCUGCAGCAGCUGCAGGCGCAGGGCCAGCUGCCGCAGGGCGUGCAGACGCAGCAGAUCCAGCUGAACGCACAGCAACUGCAGCAGAUACAGCAGUUCCAGGCUCAGGCCCUUCAGCAGUCUCAGUCCUCCCCGCAGCAGGGCGCGGCAUCGGACCAGCCGCAGCAGAACCAGCAGAUCCAGCAGAGUUUGCUGCAGCAGUUCCAACAGCAGCAGCUGCAGCAGGCUCUCCUACUGCAACAGCAGGGCAUUCAAGGUCAGAUGCAGCAGUUGCCCCAGGGUCAGCAGCAGCUGGCUCCCCUAGGUUACCAGAAGCCUCCGUCGUCCCUCACGGUACAGCAGCAACUGCAGCAGAGCAUCCAGCAGAGGCAGACGUCAAAGAGCAAGAGUCGCAAGCGCACCACACCAACACCGCCCAAACAGUCCUAGGCACUAUGAAGCAGUCUUAUGUACUACCAAGCAGCCCAGGGUACUUUUCAGCAGUCCUAAGCACUGCUGAGCCACCUUAAGCACACACUGCCAAACACUCCUGCAGACUACCAAACAGUUGUAGUAACUUACUCUUAGGCACUAUGAAGCAGUCUUAUGUACCACCAAGCAGUGCAAGACACUUUUGAGCAGUCCUAGGCACUACUGGGCCAUCUUAGGCACUUUUAAGCAGUCUUGUGCACUUUUAUGCAGUCCUAGGUAGUAUGAAACAUACUUUGGCAUUACCAAGCAGUCUUUGGCAAAACAAAUCUGUCCUAGGCACUACUAAACAUUCCCAUGGACUAUCAAGCAGCCAUAGACACAACCAAAUAGUCUUCGAGAGUUACAGGAACUGUCCUAGAUACUACAGACCAAUCCAGGCAAUACAAGCAGUCUGCUAAGGCACUACUUGACAUAGGCUCCAGUGUUGCCAAAUGAAUCAUGUGAAAAACACAGUGUAUGAUACAUGUAUAUUGUAUGUGAAUGUUGUCUUAACGGACAUGCAAAGCUACAGUAAAGCAGAAGUGUUGCUAUCCAAUCUUUUUGUAUCAUGAAAAUUAAGGUACUGAAUAGAUGGCAAAACUAGUAGUGUUUCUUAAUAAGUUCUAGUUUUAGUCUUUGCUUUGCUGAGCUUUUCUUGUGGGAUAGAUUUGAAUGAAGCUACAAGUAGCAUACAUGUAUUCAAAAUUGAUGUUCUUGUGUGUACAUGUGUAAAAUGGUUUCAUACCAUGUAUCAAGUAGACCAAACAGUGCUGGUAUUAUUUGGUAUCUGUCAGAGAGAAGUUGAAUUGUUGUAGUCAUAGAAUGUGAGGCCAACUCAAUUUUAGGAAAAUCUGAAUAUUUUUUGCGGCUACAGUCACAUGCCGUAGAUGGAAUAUUUCAAAUGAAGACUUGUGCUAGAGAAAUGAGAAUGAUUUUCCGAUUUCAAGGAAGUAUCUUGUAUCCCUAUUUUAGAAAGGUAUGCACAGUGACUGCAGUCUGCAUGUUUGUUAUCAUGGAUUUCGCUGUAUUUAUUUCCAUCAAUAUCUGUAUAAUAUACAUUU